AAACGACAGAAUAUAUUUAAAGUGAUUAAUAACUAGUAAUUGAAUAAAAUACGCAGCUACAUUUACACAGCACUUAUUUUUCUUGGGAACAAAUGGGUUAGUAACGGCUAAGAUACGCUAAGACACUGAUAGCAUCUAAGCUAAAGCUAUGAACACAAUCUGACCUUAGAUAUGCAGCAUUUACUUACAAUAUAUAGUGUUUAGUUAUGUUGUAUGCCAUGUUUUUGUGUUUUUAAUAACUAAAUAUGAAAAUGUAAUGAGCACUUCAUGUGUGCUUAUGCAGAUAUCAGUUGUUAACUGGUAGCUAGGCAUUUUAGCUGUUAUCUAACUCUUAACAUUAACAACCAGUAAAAAACACUAAAAAGUGUAGCCUCACCUGUUUGAUGUUUUAUAUGAGAACCCUUUCGUGACAUUGCCUGGUGACAUAAAUUGAAAUUAUAUUUGCUUUACCUCAUAGGAAACCUCAAUUGACAUUUUAGCUACAGUUUAGCUUAAUUAGCUAACUGGUUGGAAAAGAGACAAACUAUGGACCAUUCCUAAAACAUGAAAACAUUCAUAACUUCCUCACAACUAUGAAAUCAAAAUUAACAACAGUAGUCUCUGAGAAUAAGCGACUGGACCAGUAUAAUCUCAGACCCUUCCAGAUGCCUGUAUUACGCAUUAGCUCACCAUACUCAGGGUGUCUCUCCAUUAUCUGAAUCACUUAGCCUAACAUUGGAAAUCAGGAUAAGCCGCCACAUGAAGAUGGUUUUUCAAAGGAAGAUGAAACUGAUGAGAAAAUACGAAGUCUGAAAGCAACACAGCAGUGUGUAUGAGAGUAAAAACACCCCAGAGUAAUAUCAUAUUAACAGUAUGUGGCUUAAGUGCUUUAUCCUGUAAGACUGGAAAAGAGCAGCAAUAUUAAUAAUGUUUUUCCAGGAACAAAAGCCGGUGAAAAUACAGAUUGUGUAAGUUAACAGAUUCAUCAAUAUUAGCAGCUCUAUCAUUAAGACAUGGGAGAACCUGAUGGAUUAUAAAAAGUAUUUCAUUAAAUUAAUGUUUAAAAGAUAGUUUUAGUUUUUAUUCUUUCAGCUGAACCCCCAAUGAUGUUUAAAGGCCUGAAAGUAAAUAAUAAAUACAAAAAUAAAAUACAAACUUAGGUGAUGCACAAAUUUGUAUAAGGUCAGGUGCUCUGUUUAGGAUCAUAUAUUGCUUAUGGAACAAUAAUAUUGUUGUCAAAUUGUUUGCAACCAACAGGAAAAAAAAUCCAAUAAACUAAGUUGCCCAAGACUCUAUAGCAGUACUGAUGGUCACCAGGGGAAGCACAAAGACUUUUGUGCUGUACUAUUCCACAGGUCGGAGAGUUCUUCUGGAGAACUGAUUGGGCAGCAAGCAGUUAUUAGGUACUAGUUGAUCUCUAACCUGAAACUACAGGUAGCAUAUUAACUAUAAGUCACCUUACCCGUUACCAUAUAUCCUGGUAAGAAAUGAUCCACCUUCACAGUACUGUAAACUCAGGGUUAAUCCUGAAGUCACCCAGAUAAGAUUAAAUCCUGCUUCAUAAUACAGGCCUCAGGUCUCUGUAUCUCAUUUACAAACGAGGCAGUUGUUAUUGAGACUUUUAAAGAAUCUAAAACUUGAAUUCUUUGCUGCGGGAGAUUUUAUACUGACCUUGUCACGUUUUUGGAUGACCAUUUCCCCCUCAUAUGGUUUGGCACACAAACCACAGAUGAUUUUUUUGGCUACUAAAGCAGUAGCCUUUUUAAUGCUAAACUUAGUUGCAGUGAACUAAGGGACUUAGUGAGCAUAUUUCUCAAGCUACCCAGUUGUCUCCUAACCUUAUUUAUGAGUUAAAGUAAUUGGCAUUUAGACUUAAUGGAUAUUUACAUGACAUGAAAUUGAAUUAGUGGAAACUGCAGGCAAAUGCUCUCUAGUAAAAGGCAAGCCCCAAGCCUUAACCUUAGACGAUUUUUAUUUUAUCAUUCUCUUGUAUAUUUGGAGGAGAGACCGGUUCCUCUUUGUUUAGGCCUUUUUAGUAGAAUAAUGAGAAAUAGAGGAACAAACUAACAGAAUAACAACUGAGGAAAAUAGGCAUAAAGCAUAGUAGGCUACCAGUCAUGCAAUCAGUCUGUCAGUCAUUAAACUGUUUACAGUGUUAAUGUUCUCCUGCCUGUGGCGAAGUCAUAAUUAUCACACGAAUGCGGAGUUCCCUGUGGUGAGUCAGUGUGUGAAAACCUGACAGGUGAGGGGAAGUUGAGGUGGAAAGAACCUUUUAAGAAGAAAACUGUCGCACAUCAGGUCACUUCACUCUGCUCUCCUGAUGUAAGAGGACAGGUAUUCCCCUGGAUGAAGGCCGUUAGUGCUGUUAGUGGACAAAUGAACUGAAAAGAGACAAAAGGUCCAGGGCUGGCCUCCCUGGAGGGAAGUCUCAGAAAUGAAAGGCUAGUAGCUUCAUUUUUUUUCAUAGAGUCAUAGAUGCGUUAUUAAAAGCACAAACACAGGAUGAAAAAAAUAGAGGAGUUUUUAAGAUAUGGCUUAUGCAUCUAUGCAAUCAGCAUGAAGCAGUGCACCUUCCCUGUGAGCGACACACCCCCCACAUCUGAAAUUCUUCAUCUAUGAUCUCAAACCGUGUCAGGUCAUUUCUCACUUGCACACAAAAGAAGAUCAUGUCAAGAGUCGAGGCGUUUAGGGACACAAACCUCCGCUCGCUGCUGAGGGAGCUGCGAACUGACAUCGCUAUGGCUGUGGAUGACCCUUUCCCCCUGGUCUAUGGUUUGGCGGAUAAAAACAUCAUCACAGAGCAACUGCUGAAGGAGACUCUGGAGAAGGAGGCUAGAGAAGGCAUCCACAAGGCCAUGUACUCCCUCCUGUCCUGGGUGUUGGAGCAGAGCAGAUCCACUGUCCAGGCCUUCUUGAACAACUUAUCCAAAGACUAUAAUCUGGACAGCUACCCCAGGCUGCAGACCCUGCUCACUAACCUGGAUUGCCGAAGGGAGACUGCAGGUUCCAAACAUGAAAACAGACCAUCUGGAGGUCACAAACCUCCUCACAGUAAGAAGAGGAGCCACGCGGAUCGAGAAUCGAGCUCCCAGCGGUCACAGUAUCACGCCAAGACAACCGAUGGAGGAGGAAGUAAAGUGAAGCUCUACAGAGUGAAGAGUGAAGGUCCUGGCUCCAAGCUGCCAUCUGAAAACAGUGUGCAAGUAUUGCCUUCCUCAGUCCAGAGAGGAGCCCACCUGCCCUCUUCAUCCUCCUCCUUCUCGGCUCCCUCCACGGAUCCCCCAGUCAACCAUGAUAACCAAGAAAAGGUCCAUGUUAUGCAGACAUAUUGCUUGGAAGGGGCCGCCAGAGAGCCCAUUAAAGCUGGUGGGGGUCCUUCAGAGGAGACAAACGCAUCAAAGUCCAAGUCUGCUAAGAGCACAUUUCACCACCAGGGGGAGACAGCCACAAGGAUGAUUCAUUACAAUGAUGAUGAGUGUACAGUGUGUAAGGAUGGAGGGGAGCUGAUCUGCUGUGACGGCUGCCCUCGAGCUUUUCAUCUGGCCUGCCUUGACCCUCCACUCUCGUCCAUACCCAGUGGCUCUUGGCAGUGUGAGUGGUGCCGUGGACACAGGGUGAAAAAAGAGAAAGCACAGCUACCCUUACAAGCACUCUCAGCUCAGCCUCAGCAAACAAACACAAACUGCAGUAACUCCAUCACCGAUGUCUCAUUCUACUCAUCGCUGUCAUCCUCCCUCACAAGCGUCACGGCGACGAUGAGUGCGUCAGGUGGCAGAAACCAGUGCUCGGGUGGAGAGCUGGUCGGCGUGAGGGAGGUGUGCGGUGUUUGCCACCUUGGAGGAGGAGAUUUGACCCACUGCUUUCAGUGUCUGAAGCAUUUCCAUGUAAACUGCCACUUUUCCAAAGGGAGGUCCAUCUGCCUGUCCUGCUCCAGACUGUGGGGCAGCUCUGCUGAGAAAGAGGCUGAAUCCAGAGGCGGGCAGCUUGCACCGCUGGUUCAAAACACACUUAGUCAUGAUCAAAGCGCCUCCCUCUCUGAGCCCGUCCUCCAUAAAGAUGAACUGGACUCCAUCCUGGGAGACAGCUCCAUUGAUGGCAUCUUACAGUGGGCUUUCCAUAACAUGUCUCGUCCUCUUCCAGGCUCUCAGGGAUGCUAUCAGUGACAGAGAACCAGGAAUGCAACACUGUAAAUCAGCAAUGAUGAAAUCAAUGUGGAGCUGAUUAAAAUGAGCUGACUAAAUAUGGGUGCUGAUUAUUUGCUUCUUUCUCACUGCUUGUUAAAACAAUUCGGUGACUUUUGAUUGCUCAGAGACGGCUCACUGACUGUCUCUGAUUGAAUGUUUCAUACUAUGAUUCACACAUGAGUCAUGUUUUCCACCCCAAAAAAUAUGAAAGGUUAUGUGAGAAUAAGUCAUAAUAUGAAAUGUAUAGAAAUGUAUAGUUGAACCCUAAUCAUGUAUUUAGAAGAUCUGAAUGUACAACAUGCUGAACCUUG